AUGUCCAAGUUAGGGCUUUUAAGCGCAGGACUCUCAGCAGUCCUCGGCAAAGAAGUGAUAGUACAAGAAGGUGGAGCGGCGUCUUUAUCAAUCCAUGAUGCUUUUAAACAAACAUACACGAUGAAACCGCCGGGAUUCAGACCGCCUUCCCCAGAACCUGUACAUGAGACCUUUCCUAUCUUUGUGAGAGGCUUGUUUGGCAGCAAAAGUCUACGCCGUUCUGGCGCAGAUUUUGGAUUUGAUGAGGCGCUCACUUUACAGGUGACAGAGGGGCAUUCUGUGUUGCAAAUGAAACGUCAAAUUCAGGAAAAAGUACAGAUAGCGCUGGGGCAGUUUGACCUACUAUUUGAUAAUAAGCUUCUUGAUGACGAUCGAACUGUGAAAGACUACGGAUUACAGCCCGAAAGCACCAUCUACUUGGUGCUUCGCCUUAAGGGGGGUGGAGGUCCGCUCAGAGUUAGCACAGAUGAGCUUGAUCCUGAGUUCGAUUGCGACUUCACUUAUGGGAGAGAUAAUGGUCAACAGUACAAGAGAGGAGGGUUCGAGUACAAGCGACCGUACGGUUGGAAGCGAUUUGCGGUCAAGGCUCUUGGAAGGUACGAAAACGACGUGUGGCUUGGCCCUGAUGGCGACCGGACGGAAGAAGCAAGCGGAGAAUGGCCUGUGUCUUAUCACGGAACGGAUAUCAAAAGCGCAGAGAAGAUCGUGGAGGAGGGCUUCAAACCUGGGCCAAGAGCUAAGUUUGGUGUUGGCAUCUAUACAAGUCCAAGCAUUGAAAUGGUUGAAAGGUUGUAUGCGCAGGAAUUCCUUUACAACGGGAAACGGUACAAAAUUGCUUUCCAGAAUCGAGUUAACCCUGAUCGUAAUGGUCACCUUAAAAUCAUCAGUGCUUCGGAAACUGGAGUAGGAGCUGAUUACUGGCUGUCUCCAAACGGUAAUGAUGUGCGCGCAUAUGGAAUUCUUUUCCGUGAAGUCCUAUCGUCAUGCUUCUUGAUGUGACUGCACGCAUAUAGUGGGAGAGAGAACCAGGAUAAGAUUCAACUUUCUGCUUUGCAUACUGUUUCAGAUUUCACGCACAUUUAGACUUUGCCCCUUCGAAAACCACCAUAAAAUUCCACCGCCAUCUUUUAGUUAUUUAUGUAGCUAAGCGUCAUCUUAGUUUCUCAAUGGAUCAGAAAUUCAUAAUUUUACUCUUAGUCUAUGAUCUAUGUUGUUACGGUUAUAGAUUUUUUCGGUAUCAGCGCCAACUCCUUGGAACUCCUUAGCUUUACGCAGAAUAUAUGAUUACGUGAGCCGUUAGAUUGUUUCAUGAAAGAGUUAAAGACGCAACUUUCUUCGAAACGCGUGCUUUAAUUUUUUAUAGCUUUAUACUUAAUGUUGUAGUAUUUUAUUAUGUUGAAUUAGAGUGUUCUAAAUUUCUUCUCAAACUCCGUCAUGAGACUAUUUUAAGAACGCGACGCUUUAGGAAGCGUACCUGGGAUGCAUUUAUGAUAGUAAAUAUUUCAGAAUUGGAAAUAGAAAAUUGUGAAUUGUGUACACUGCAUGGAAACCUAUAUAUUACAAUGGCAUAUCUUAACAGGUUCAGUUGAAUAAUGUUAUGCACAGUGAAAUUUCUGCAAAAUAGAAGAUAGAAACAAUACGGAAGAAUCGAUUAAAAGCUGAAGGUUUUGUUAAUGUUGAUAUGUUAAACUUAAGCAGUUAUCCUUCCCAUUGAUGUACUUAUUGUUUAAGCAAAAUGACUGCUUCCAUUGUAAACGUAGAAUUUUACGGUAUAUAAUGAUUUUACAUUUGCUUUUAAAGGCCCGGUUUAAACGUCGCAUUUUACAUGCGCCGAAUCGAAUUGCCGAAUUAAGUGCAUGUAAAAUGCGACGUCUAAAUCAAUUAAAUGCGACAUAUUUCAAUUCGAUGCGAGUCAGUCGAAUAUUCGACUGAUCCAGUCGAAUAUGCGACUGAACUUCGACAGUUGAUUUAAACGCCGCAUUUUACAUGUGCCGAAUUGAAUUGAAAUUAUGUUAAAUGAUUUAUGUUUGCUCGAAUGGGAAUUUAAAACACGUUACUCGCGCUCAGCAAUUUUAUUCGGCAAAACAAUGCGACGUUUAAAUCAAAUCAGCCGAACGUAUUCAUUCGAGUCGACUAAAAUUAGUAUUUGAUUCGGCGCAUGUAAAAUGCGACGUUUAAACCCGGCCUAAGCCUUAAGAAGAAAUAAAUGAUUAAUUAUGAAUGUCGAGCUGGAAUUCUAAAUGAAUAAUGAACGACUAGGGCACAAAUGCAAGGAAUAAUGAAUAAGAAUAAUAUAAUUUUUCCACUUCCAACCCGGAAAAACGCGAAAAGAUAAUGGUAAACAAUGCAAGAGAGGGGGGUUCGAGUACAAGCGACCGUACGGUUGGAAGCGAUUCGCGGUCAAGGCUCUUGGAAGGUACGAAAACAACGUGUGGCUUGGCCUGAUGGUGACCGGACGGAAGAAGCAAGUGGAGAAUGGCCUGUGUCUUAUCACGGAACGGAUAUCAAAAGCGCAGAGUGCGCGAUUCUUCAGAGUCUCAAACGUUGGUUCAUGGCUUGUUUUUCUUGCAUGCUAAUAAGUCACCUGCAGUGUCUUUACAACCGAUAAAACACCGCAUGCUAAUAAGGAGGUUUUAUUGGUAUAGUCAUUAACCGUGAUGAGUAAUCGACCGUUUGAUAGGUCAGUGGGCUUAUAAAUUACAAAUGAAUGUUUGAACAAUAUCUCCUGAGGCAAACCGAACCGACAUGGAGAGUCGGUUUUCCUAGAAUCCUGCAUAAAUUGUCCCCAUCCCAAAACAGUAAUCAAUAUUAUGAAUAGAGAGCUUAAGCACAGGCGUUUUUGAGACCCGGACGGCAACCGGAAGUGAGCUGUUUUCACUUUUAACUUGCCCUCACACAACCACAUUCACAUUGCUAAGUAUCUUUUCUCCAUUAGAGGCGAGUAGUAUAAAAAUCUGGGAGACACGAAAAAUGUUCUCUUCCGGUUGUCCUCCGCGUCUCAAAAACGCGCGUGCUUAAGCUUCCUAAACGCUCCGGGUAGUGAAACUUGCAUUUAAACUACAGUACAGUAUUAUAAAGUCAUAUAGAAUUACCCUAACAUACCAAUAAAAGCUAACCGCAAGCAAAAUGCAGUGAAACUAUAAACCUCAAGCAAAAUAUAGGCACUGACGUAAUGGUCUGGGAACUUACCAAAUAUGGUAAGUGGUACAUACAUUAAGUGGUGCCUACACCCUGUAGUUUCCCAAAAGCGAAAAUUCAUAUCACACCUAACUUGUCUUCUUCGGUGAAAAUGUCCAAGUUAGGGCUUUUAAGCGCAGGAUUCUCAGCAGUCCUGGGCAAAGACGUGAUAGUGCAAGAAGGUGGAACGGCGUCUUUAUCAAUCCAUGAUGUUUUUAAACAAACAUACACGAUGAAACCGCCGGGAUUCAGACCGCCUUCCGGAAAUCCUGAACAGGAGACGUUUUCAAUUUUUGUGAAAAGCUUGUGUAGAUCUUGCUAUGGAAAUGAUAAUACAAUCACUUUACAGGUGACAAAGAGGUAAUCUGUGUUUGAAAUGAAACAUCAAAUUCAGGAAAAAGUAGGGUUAACACAGCAACAGUUUGACCUAAUAUUUGAUAAUAAGCGUCUUGAUGACGAUCGAACUGUGAAAGACUACGGAUUACAGCCCGAAAGCACCGUUUACUUGAGGUGUCGCCUUGAGGGGGGUGGAGGUCCGCUCAGAGUAAGCACAGACGGGCUUGCUCCUGAGUUCGAUAUCGACUUCACUUAUGUCAGAGAUAAUGGUAAACAAUACAAGAGAGGGGGGUUCGAGUACAAGCGACCGUACGGUUGGAACCGAUUUGCGGUCAGGGUUCUUGGAAGGUACGAAAACGACUUGUGGCUUGGCGCUGAUGGCGACCGGACGGAAGAAACAAGCGGAGAAUGGCCUGUGUCUUAUCACGGAACGGAUAUCGAAAGCGCAGAGAAGAUCCUGGAGGAGGGUUUCAAACCUGGACCAAGAGCUAAGUUUGGUGUUGGCAUCUACACAAGUCCAAGCCUUGAAAUGGUUGAAAGGUUGUAUGCGAAGGAAUUCCUUUACAACGGAAAAUGGCUCGAAAUUGCUUUUCAGAGUCGAGUUAUCCCUGAUCGUAAUGGUCACCUUAAAAUCGUCAGUGCUUCGGAAACUGGAGUAGGAGCUGAUUACUGGCUGUCUCCAAACGGUAAUGAUGUUCGCGCAUAU